AUGACAAGCAACUCGUCCGCGCCGUGGUCCCCAACGUACGGGACCACGGACUACACCUCUGUAACACCUACCGACACACUAAUGUCACCCUCAAGAUACUCAUAUUCCGACGCACCGACUCAAUCAACCGAUAGUGAAGACGCAUCGCCCAGACGUGCCAUGAGACGCAUCACUGUCUCGCCGUCACCUUCUAGCGAAGACUCGAAUGGAGCGCCUUACCACUAUGAAGAAGAAAACUCGUUCGACGAUGCAGACGAAGUAGCAGCGACUCUCAAUACCCUUGAAGACGAUAUCAACGAAACGGAAGACUUAUGGACACGCACCACGUCCUCGACAGCUACGCCCUCAAGCUUUUCAGGUACUUAUUCUGGUUCUUACACUCCAACAUCUUCGUCUCUUGCGCCAUUGCCACCAGCUGGCACGUUUCCUCGCGCGGGACAUAUCCAAGACCCCCAGAUCCGACUCAGUAUUAUCUCUGAGCGCACAGAGCCCUCGCGCCCGACGUCUGGGGCAUAUUCGACUACCCAGUACGCAAGGCCCAAUGCACCCACACCUGAUGCCCACAGAAGGUCAGGCGUUUCUUCGCACACGCGUUCAUCUACCGACCCGAACGCCGAUCGAGAGCUGCCGCCUCCAGGUCGCGCCAUUGAACUGAUUGCGCGGUUCGAAACGAACUCCCCUGGUGGCGGCCACCUCAGAACCACCUCAGCACCCGGUGGGCCUCGCUCGCCGAGUCCUUACAUGUCAGCUAGUCAAUCUACGCCUCAUCUUCCCAGCACGGCUGGGUACAAUUAUACAAGCAGCUAUGGGUAUGGAAGCAGUUACGGCUAUGGUUCUCGGUCGUCAUCUCCAUCGAAGUCGUCUUCUUCGAUUUCGUCUUCAGCAUCUGAAGAGAGAAUCUCGAAUACGUUGUCCACUCUGGCAACCCAGCGCGCUGUGACGUCUACUUCUGGCGAUACUAGGUUCCUCACGACUGAUACUGGCUCCCAAACACCCACGGGCAGUCGCACAGGCACGGGUUAUCUAAGCCCAAGCGCGUAUACCAACACAUUCACGAAUACCGGCAGUCAAACACCCACACGUACAGGGACCGGUUACCUGAGUCCCAGUGCGUACACCGGGACCUUCACCAACACUGGCUAUAUGGGGACAUACACAGGAAGUGAUACUUUCACCGGGACGGGGACCACACCAACGGGCUCCUCGCUAAGGCGUCCACAGAAUAUCUCGCCUCGAUCCCCAUUAACUUCCGUUCGGAACAUCGUUGCAGCGUGGAAGGAGAGAACGCCCGUUUCUGGGGCUAGGACUGGUGGGAGGGCAUCCUCAGUGACUAGCACGACGCCGCCUGGUGAAGGGGAGGGUGGCUUAUUGGGGAUUAGGCGAAGGGCACAGAGGGUCGGUCAGAGAAUCGGCCAAGCGAUAAUGGGAGGUCCUGAAGAGUCGGUCACUGAUGCUACCCCACGAAGUGCCCGCAGCAUUGGCCUGCCCCCUGGGCUGGACAUCGCAGACCUUACCCCAUACACCCAGACGAACGAACAGCCUCAACACAUUGGGCUGCUCUGGUAUCUGAACGUACAUGCUUCUCCACCCUAUAGAUGGCAGCGUUGCCAGGCGCUGCUGUAUCCGCACAUGCUGCUUCUAUCUUGGCUUGCAGCUGGUGGAGGGCGAGGGAUAGUGGCGGUCGAUCUGUUAAAUUGCACUUCGGUUCAGUCAGCUGCAACCCCAACCCAUCCAUCGGCGAGAGAUGAUGUCGGGACGAUCGCAGCAAUGAGGCAGAGCAAUGAACCUGAUGGGCAGCCCCUGAUGGAUGUGCUAGUGCCAUUCCACAUGCUGUACGCAGAUGGUGUAGAGAGACUUGCAGCCGAGAGUGUUCACGAGCGGUCGAAGUGGGUACACCGUAUAUGUGAACUGCUUCCCGCCACUCCGGCGCCGUCUCGGACUCAGUCGCCAACUGGUUCCAUGCGAACGAUCCUUUCCAUCGAUACCACUUCUAGCUCGUCCAGUGUCGGCUCUCGAUCCACUGUCUUUGUUCCGCCUCUCAGUAGUAUCCCGGAUAUCUCUGAUGAUUUCGAUACGCGAUCCACCUUCUCCAGAACUACUUCGUUCAUUUCGACUCACCAUACGGGAACCGUCGAUGAUACCGCCAUUUUAGGGCAAGGAUACGUCUAUCGUGGCGACCCCCGAGUUAUCGCACCGUCUCGUGGUGGUUCGCUGAGGCGUACGAGUUCACUUACGGAUAUGGAUCAGGAGUUUGCCUCUGCUUUGGAUCGGGCGCGAGGUGCCAGGCCUGGUCUUGGGUUCGCGAGCCGCGUUAUUCUUAGUGGUUCCCCGGUGACAGUGUCAAGUGGUUCGUCGCUUGGCAAAGAUGUCUUUGUUACGCCCCCUCCUAGUGCUCGCGGUAGUUCGACACCCCAUGGAUCGUCGACCGACCUCUCAGACGAGGCUUUCUUUUCCGCCGGUUCAGGGACCAGUGAUACUCGGACUACGUCGUUGUACACAUUAACGUCGACGGGUAGGGACAGGACAACUACCGGAUUCACGUCUACUGGCUUUACGACCACUAACACCGCGACGGGUCUCACUUCCGGUGAUUCGGACACGAAUGUCGUUUCGUCUACGUUGUCCUACCGCCACACAGAUUCUGCCUCUUACCUUGGGGACUCGCAUGAUUCAGACUCGUAUUUCUCCUCGGGUUCGUCUCGCACGCCGCUCACUAGAUCAAGCGCUUUGUCAAGGCGUACUGGGAGGUCGAACUCGAGGUCGAACUCCUCUGGCUUUCCGUACAGCUCAGACGAAGCCUCGGACAAGGAAAACUCCAGCAACACUAUGUCUGGCUCUUCGUACACUCAGUCGGGUACCCGAUCUUCUGACGACACUGGCUAUGACGUCUGCCACUCCUCCGAUUUGUCGGCUCUCACCUUGAAUUCAUAUUCAACAUACAGCUAUUCUACGGCGUCCAGCAGCGAAUUCUCCGAAGUGCCGCCAUCUUCAGCACCUUCAUCAGAUGUUUUUGCUUCUGCAUCAGAAGGUAGCGGCUCCUAUGUCACGGCUGCGUCCCCAGCCUCGACGGCCUUCGAGUCGCUUCCUAGUAUUCCUUCCGAAUCUGAGUACGGUACUGCGGACGAGGCCGCGUCCACGGAAUACGCUACGGCAUCUGAACCGUCGGAAUACAUCACUGCAGAAGUCUGUCCCUCGGAGCCUGGGACGGAAUAUCUCACAGCGAUCGAGCCCAGGGAAAUUCCCUCUGAGCUCAGUACGCCAAAAGCCUCGUCGUCUUUGCAUUUAGAAUCAGAUGUAGAAUACGACAUCGAGCCUGACAUUGCGGAAGAAGAACAGAUUGAGAAGGAGUUGGUGCUCUCCGAUGAGUCACCAGAGGAAGCAGAAACAGAAAGCAUAUUGCCGUCGCCGUCUGAAGUCCCAACUAUCAUCACGACAGAGUCUGAAGGAGACGAUCUCCUCGAUCCAGCUAACGUGUCACUCCCGCCGUCUCUUCCUCCAUCUAUCUCAUCUCUGUCGUCGAUCACUUUGGAUGAAGUGACGCCUUCUUUCUCGCCAUCGUCGGAGCCGACAACAGUGCCAACCCCAUCGUCGAUAUCUUUCUCUGCUACGGAACUGACGGAAAGUUCGUUGCCCGGUCCGUCGCCGAUUGGUACAGAACCAGCUUCAACCCCACUGCUACCAUUAUCGUCUGUCUCGAGUAUCAGCGAGUCAUCAUUAACUCCUACUCCUAGUAGCUUGACACCAUCAAGCCCGUUGGAUAUUGCCCGCUCAGUCCCUGCAACGCCCGUGACUAUAUCUCCAUCGCUUUGGGCCAGCGAGACUGACGAUUCUUAUGAAUCCUCAGUUCUUGCGGCAUCUGCAUCGGUGGUCACCAUGGCUAAUGAGGGCCCAGAUUUCUCUUACGACACUUCUAUCCUGCGACCUACUGGAUCAGCAAUAUCUUCUCCGGAUCGACUCACGACGAUUCCUGAAACGAUCUUGGAGACUCCCUCGCGAUUCACGUCUCUACCACCCGUUACGCCUGUCCGAAGGCCAUCCCCUCCCCUUCCACCUAUACCUAUCACAGAGCCUGCAGAGCCUGCAGAGCCCGCAGAGCCCGCAGAAUCCGCAGAAUCUGACAUCUCCUCCAGUACGCCUCCCACAGCUUCGGACUUGACUCUGUCCAGCACAACAGAGUCGCCGUCUCUGAUUACGGAAUCGUCCCUGUCACGAUCGUCGGAACAAGAGUCGUCGUAUGUUUCGUCGUCGACCGUUAGCUCGUUGCUUCCGUCAGAAGAAGUCCUCCCAGUCCCUGCUCCAGAAGACAUCCCUGAUGAUGUUUCGACGAUCCCGUCGCUUUUAUCUACUCCACGAGCUGCAAUCGCCCGACCUCUUUCGCCGUCAUCUAUCUCGUUGGUUUCGACUAGCCCAAGUCUACUCAUGAGCCCACAAUUGCCCACACCAGAAGAUGUCACAAUGAGCGUCAGUAUCAGCACACCCCGAGGGGAUACCCCGUCAAUCCACUCUUUGGAUAGCCAGAGGACUCCAACGAUGAGCGUUGCCAGCAUCAGAACGGAUCGGUCUAUCAGCAAUGACAUCAGGCGCCUUGCGGAUGAUUUGCACCGCAUGGACGAUGUCCGAGGGGAGGAGAACAGAGAGCUCGUAGAUCAUAUUCAGGCCCUAAGGCAUGAACUACACGACCUGUCCGAAUAUCUCCGUCGAACGCCUUCGCCUAUCCUUCACGCGGAUAAACGAGAUCAGAAAGUAGGAGGUAGCAGCCUCCUCUCAGUUGACCAUGCCACUCGUAAGGGCCCCACCGAACUCAGCGUCCCAACACCUACUGGCUCCAAUCUUAGUCGUGCCAAUUCCAUUGCCAGCAGCAUGGUUUCGUACUUGUCUUCCCACCAUUCUGAUGACUUCAGUCUGUACGGAGGAUCACCCGUCGCCGAAGAGCGUGAAUUGGAACCUGCCAUGGAAGAAGAGUGGAGAAUUCCCUCGCCCCAAUCCUCUACCACAUCGUCAAGUUCCUUGUCGUCUUCUUCUCCGUACUCGAGCUCCUCUACGUCCCUUCCUACUCCUCAUUCCAUUGCUUCCACUCCACCGGUGCCUUCGUUAGUGUCCCAUAGUACGAGUACUUCCACCACGUCAACUUCUAGUACAUCGACUGUCCGUGCUAGGCCUGCAUUUCCCAACCUUGCUCCAGCUCUUGAUGGUAUUCGUGAUAAACUGAAUGCUCUGUGGGAUGGUCAGCUAUCCACGAAUCAUAUCCUUGAUGAACUACGCGCACACCGUCCCGGAAUACCUGAGCCAGCUGGCCCAGAUAUCGAAAUGCAUAACCGACUUCAUCGUAUCGAGGGACUCGUACAGUCUUUGCUAGAUCGACCAAUCCAGCAAGCUCCUGCUCCGCCGUUUCCUCAACCCGAGAUACAUCGCGAUCAACCGCGACAGCCAACGGAUGACAGCUCUGAAGCCCCCAGCUCUGAUAGCAGUUCUGACUAUAUUAAUGGUCUCAUCAAUGCCCUUAAUGACCUGCGCACAAACCCCCCAGAACCCCACAUCCAGAUGCCAAUACCACAGACUGCUGGCCCUUCACUUGCGCAACAACUCGAAGAAAUCCUUUCCUCCACGGCUCCCGUCCCGCCUUCGGUUGUCCAAGGCCCGCCGCCCCUUGUACCAUUCAGUUAUCAGCCAAUAGGUACUCGUCCUCGCAGCGCUAGUCCUCUGUCACUUCGAGACAUGCUGCGGCGACCUGGCACGGAACCCCCUUUGCCUCAUAUUCGCGAUAUUCCUCCACCAUCUAGAGCGGGCAGGCGUGUUCGAGCACACCCUCGUAGGCGAUAUUCUUUAUAUUCUCAAGCGCGUUCGGAGGAACCAGUUAUACCAGCUCCUCCUCCUGGUCAUGCUCCCUCUCAACAACUGCGCGAUGAGGGUAGAGGUGUCCCGUCCGAAAGAGUCCCACGACGUGGUCCUACACCAGAACCAGUGUUUCCUGGAAGAGACACUACCGCCAGCGCUCCUCCUCCUGGUUGGUAUAGGCCUUCUCCUCCAUCGGUCAUCCCACCGCCUCCGAUUAUUGAUCAGCCUGCUCAGCAACGUGCAACUACACAGCAGCGAACUUAUUUACCGAUGCCAGCUGGACCGACUAUCGUUCAGCUCCCACCUCUUUUCGAGAAUUUGAUGGAAAUAUUACGGGAGAAUCGGCUCGCCCAGCUCGCUACUGUCGAUCAGCAGAGAGAACUUAUGCGAUAUAUGCGGGGCUUGAACGAAUGGCUUGAAAGGGAUGUGCAUGAUCGUCAGGCAGAACUUCGAGGCGUAGCAGCACGCGUCGACGACCUUACCAAUUAUAUUCGACGCCUCGGCGCACAACCUCGUCGCGAUCGUCCUGACGGUUCCUCCAGUGAUUCCGACCGUGCCUAUCCACCGCAAAUGCAAAUGCAGAUGCCGAUUCCCCAGCCCGGCCCCGCACCGCCGAUGCCUGUUCCACAAACUGGAAUGCCCCAACCGAUGUUUACACCAUAUCCUCCUGGCUUCGUGCCUGUAGGCGGCGUCAUUCCUCCGGUUGUGCCAGAUCACAGUCCUCCAUACGACGAUGGACGGCCAGUAAUACCAGACAUGCACGCACCUAUCGUGAUCAACCAACCACCAGUGAUACCAGGCGGAUAUCAGCCGAUGGGUAUGCCUCCACCUGGUAUGAUGUCAGUUCACGACGAGCAGCCAUUCGACCCCCUGGCGGUUAUGGUCCUACCAUUGUCCGUGUUCCAGCCAGCGAACCCAGUAGUUCCGGGGGGAGCAGUACCCAUCGAUCGAGCAGCCGGCGGCCAAGUCGACAUCCAUCACGUCGUUCAGAACGUUCAGAGCGAUCGCGUAGGAGUAGAAGCAGAAGUCCAGACAGGCGCGGAGGUAGAGACAGAAGUAGGAGUGGAAGCAGGAGUAGGAGUCGGAGUCCACGAAGCCGAAGCAGCAGGGCCACCAGUUGUUAGCAUCCAACCAGGUCCUCUGUAUGUCCCUGGCCCUGCCACUACCCCCCGCCCGGGCUCUCCGAGACAUCCUGAUGCACCUCAACAUCCCACUCCUUCGCCACAACCCGUGGUGAUCAAUAUUCCUGGACAACAGCCAGGGAUGGUCCCCGGUAUAAUGCCAGGUAUGAUGCCAGGACCUGGUAUGAUGCCCUCCCAAAUUGGUAUGAUGCCCCCCCAGGUCGGAAUGCCCGUUCCCGUUCGAGUCGUUCGCGCUCGCGUUCGCCUCGUUCACGUUCGAGUCGUUCACGACGUUCGCGGCGUUCACCUCGGAGUCGAUCACGUUCAAGGAGCAGCCCGCGGACCCAGCGUGAUCGUCCAAGUUCCAGGAGUCCUUCGCGUCGUUCGCGCCGUUCUCCGCGUCGUUCUCGCUCCCGUUCCCAUUCUCCAGCCUCAAUCCACGUGCAUACUCAACCGGCUCAGUCAUAUGUUCCUACUGUACCUGGGCCUGGUGGAGUUGUCGUACUCCCUCAACGGAGUGGUUCUUCGCGUAGCCGGCGCUCUAGGAGCCAUCGUUCCCAUCAUACAGCUCCCAGGAGGUGGCACUCAACCUUACUAUCCAUCCGCUCCUGGGUCGCAAAUACCUCCCACUCAAGUAGUUUUACCUCCUCAAGGCUAUCCUGGGUCGCAGUAUCCGCCUGGGCAAUAUCCACCAGGGCAGUUUCCUCCGGGGGGUCAGCCUACUGUGGUCGCGAUUCCGGGGUCGCGGUCGCGUUCAUCCUCUCGCUCUCGUCGCUCUCGAUCUCGAUCUCGCUCCCGUUCUCCUCGACGUGAUCAACCUGCAGUUGUUGUGCAAACCCAACCUCCUACCACCGCACCUAUGCAACCUGCUCCAACGCCGCUCAUAACCCUAGCCGUUACGCACCGAGUCGGCCCCAAACUGCCAUGGGCCCGAGCGAGCGUCCCUAUACCGAUCGACCACGCCGGCACGGUUCUCGUUCCUACUCACCUCGUGGUGGAAGCCCAUCUCGUCGUCGUCGAUCUCGUUCAGAUUCACCGCACCGGCGACGUGAUAGUAGAGGCCGCUACGAUGACAGGUAUCCCGGCGAUCGGUACGGAGAUAGGGAACGGUACGGGCGUGGAUAUAGGGAUGACCGGGAUCGUCCUGGCCGCGAUUAUCCUUACCGGGAUGACAGGGAUCGCCCUGGCCGCGAUUAUCCUUACCGUGAGCGUGAUGACAGAGAUCGUCCACAUUCGCCAAGUCGUCGUUCCCCGAGUCGUCGUUCCCCAAGUCGUCAUCAUUACCCCCGAUCCCGAUCACACUCUCCCUACUACAGUCGUUCAGAAAGACGCCGGCCUCGAUCACGAUCACGCUCUCGAUCACGUUCUCGUUCUUAUUCUCCAUCCGGAAGACGUCGUCCUAGCCGGCGCUCACCAUCACUUCGUCUCGAAACCUCUCGCUAUGGCACGCCUGCACCUGCACACACCGCUGGACCGUCUGUCCAACCAACUCUGCCCCCAAGCUCAGAUGUACCAGCCGUCUUCCCCUCAUUUCGUCACCGUCCCCUCUCGCCCCCAGCCGUCUGCCACACCCCGCCCUCUCACCGCCCUCUCCGUCGCCGAACAUGAGGAACCUGGUUUAUACCGCACUCCUAGUCGAGUAGGGCGAACCCCCACCGGCCGUAGUGGUGUCUCUGGUGGAUAUUCUCCUGCGCCUUCUGAUUAUGCAGAUCAUAGACCUCCCGAAGUCGUGCCCGCUCCAGAAGACAUGCUGCGUCGUCCUCCCCCUCCUAGUCACACCUCACCGGUCUCUAUGCGCAAUGUCCCUUCACCCUCUGUUCACACAGUGCCAGCUGAAGAAUACCCCGCAUCCCCCAGUCGUUCUGCAGCUUAUCCCCCUAGCCAUGCUCCAAGUCGUGUAGCAACACAAAGAACGUCCACCCAGCGACUCCCUAGCGAAAGUACCGUCGCUCCUGUUCCACAUCCCUUGCGUCCCGUCACACCUUUCCCUGGGGAUCUUGAGGCAGCAGAGAUGGCGAGAGAGCGCCUGGAGCGCCUGGACGAUAUGGAACAACAGCUUCAACAUAUAGCAGGCGACGCACAGGAGGCGGAAGAGCUGCGUGAAAGGGAGUUCCGUGACCAUGAAGAAGAUAGGCAGCGCAUUUUCUUAGACAACGAAGCGCGAAGGGAUCACGAAGUUAGAGAACGUCACGAUGAAAUUUGGAGCGAUCUCGAGAAUCGGAUUGCAAUGCUAGCGCCUCCUCCCCAGAGGCCGACAGCGCCAGCCUCCCCGCCCCCACCGUCGAUUCGACCAUCUAUCCCUCCCUCUAUCAUGGAACAGGAGCCUAUGAUUCCAGGUGAACCGAUGGCUGAUACUGCCUCUGUUAUGGAGUCUCUCCGUGCUAGUCAGGAAGCAGCGUCUCUCCAUGCACAAUCCAUCAUGCAGACCAUUCAAAGCGAACGCGAAGAGUUUGCGCGUGAAAGAGACGCGGCAGCUGCUGAAAGAGAGAGGUUGAUGGCCGAUCUUCAGGCGGACAGGGAACGCAUGCUAGAAGAACGCGAUGCACGAAUUCAAGCCCUCGAAGAUGAGCUCGCCGCUGUUAAAGGUGAAUUGGAGAACGAGAAGCAACAGCGGGUGACCGAAGAGGCCGAGAAUCGCGAGCGAGAAAGGCAGCAGAAUAUUGAACGGGACGAGAUGAUUCGAAACCAACUUAGUGAUAUCACGAAUCUCCUCCAAGAUCAACAGGCAGGGCUGGCUCAAAAGAGAGAGAUUAUGGACGAGCGAUGGCGGGAUAAGAUGGAUCGGCGACAGGAUACGGACUCUAAAUGGAUAGAGCUACGCGAUAUGGUCAACAAGAUUCACGACGAUUUAGAAGCAGACAGAAGGGAAGAGAACGAACGUCGUUUUGCUGCCGAGCAGAAACCUGGUAUCGACCAAGUCAUGGCAGAACUACAGAGGCAAAACGGAGAGUUGAGAGAAUUAUUACACAACAUGUCCAAUGAUAUCCGUACGGAGUGUGGGCAACAACAUGAGGAGACGCUGAACGCAGUAAGAGCCAGUGCACAGGAGCAGGUGUCCUUCAACGUACAAGGCUAUCUGGACGACUUCAGCAAACUGUUGGCUUCGGAAGUCAAGAUGCUCCUCGGCGAAGUUGGCAAGCUACGAGAAGAGAAGCGCUCCCUUAAACAUGAGGUUGGCUUCUUGCUAUGUGUACAGUCCAAGUAUGGUCCAGGCGGUGAAUACGAGCCCGAAUGGAAACCGCCCGCACCACCAGGUCCUCCAGCCGACGCCCCACCCCCUGAACCUCCCAUGCCACCUGAAAUGCCACCAGCUGCGAAGCCUGGUUGGCGCUUCACUCACCGUGCUCGUCCUCGCCGGAAGAAGGAGCAGGCUCCUGCUCCUCCACCUCCUGGGCCUUCUGCUAUGCAGAUGCCUCCCGGAAUGGACCCUCGCAUGGACCCGAGACGUCAAGUUCAGUCCUGGGCGACAUGGCAACCGGACCCACAUCUCGUACCAACACCUCCCUCAGUUGAACCUACUCUCAUUGUCCCCGAAAGAGGCAGUCCUGGCCUCUUUGGUCCACGGUCGCCCCGCAGCUCAUAUAGUUAA